UUUUUUUUGCAAAAUUUGGAGAUGUAAAUAAUUUUGUGGUAAAAAUUGCUGUAUUUUGGUUAUAAAAUCUAUUAUUUUACCAUCGUUUCGAAUUAAAAUUGUCUUACAACCAUGAUUAAGGCAAUUUUGGUCUUCAAUAAUCAUGGAAAACCUCGUCUUUCAAAAUUCUACCAUUAUUUUGCUGAAGAUAUGCAGCAGCAAAUAAUCAAAGAAACGUUCCAGCUUGUUUCAAAGAGAGACGACAAUGUGUGUAACUUUCUAGAAGGAGGCAGCUUGAUUGGAGGAUCUGAUUAUAAAUUAAUUUAUCGUCAUUACGCCACUUUAUACUUCGUGUUUUGCGUCGACUCGUCGGAAUCGGAAUUGGGAAUUUUAGAUUUGAUUCAAGUUUUCGUCGAAACGCUAGAUAAGUGUUUUGAAAACGUUUGCGAACUUGAUCUCAUAUUUCAUGUCGACAAGGUUCACUACAUUCUGAAUGAAUUGGUAAUGGGUGGUAUGGUCCUAGAAACCAAUAUGAACGAAAUUCUAACCAGGAUAGACGACCAGAAUAAAUUAGAAAAACAAGAGUCUGGCAUUUCUGGAGCACCAUCUCGCGCAGUAUCAGCGGUGAAAAGUAUGAACAUUCCGCAACAGUUGAAAGACAUGAAGUUACCAGAUUUACCCCAGGCUAUUAAAGAAUUGAAAUUCUGACAGUCAGUUUCCAAACCGAUGUCUGAUUUAGAACACAAUCGUCAGAAUUAUUCGGAAUGACCUGUCUCACAAACUACCAUUUUCAUAAAUCAGCACACACGUAAAGAUUCGUAGGAUCGCUUUGUAUAUAGCUGUCUCGAGUCAUUACGUAUUCGUCAAUCCUAAAAGUUCUUGUCUCGUUCUAAAAGAAGAAAAACCUUUGUACAUAUCUGAUUUUUAAAAAUAUGUUCGUUAAAAUUAAAAUUACUUACGUCCAGUACCAAUAAGCGACGUAACCUACGCCGGCAAUUUCCAAUAUGACGACAGUCCAAAGAAAUAAGGCUACUAAUGUAUAAUUCCAUCCAUAAAAUAAAAUACUUGGCGCAUCUUCGGUGGUUAAAUAUGCCCACAAUGAUGGAGGAUCGAUGACUGUCCCAAGUCAAUGUACAAAAUGUAGAAAAUAUUUAACGAAUUCGUUAUUGUUACAAAAUGAUGUUUUCAGCGUAUUAUUUUAUAUUAUGUUUUUUAUGUGAUAUUUUUUGAUUCAUUUAAUAAAAUAAGAAAAUAAUUUA